AUGGCACUAGAUAACAAAAGCUAUCCUGAAGAGUUCAUCCUACUAGGCUUUGCUGACCGUCCAUGGCUAGAGUUUCCAAUAUUUGUAGUUCUUCUCAUAACAUACCCCAUGGCCUUGAUAGGAAACAUCUCCAUUAUUGUGGUGUCCAAGUUAGAUCCCUGUCUCCACACUCCCAUGUAUUUCUUCCUCACCAACCUCUCCUUUUUGGAAAUAUGUUACACCACCAGCAUCGUGCCUCAGAUGCUAUUUAACCUGGGAAGCUCUAAAAAGACCAUCAGCUGUAUGGGGUGCAUAAUUCAGCUAUAUUUAUUCAGCACACUAGGAGCCACAGAAUGUCUUCUCCUGGCCCUCAUGUCUUUUGAUCGCUACGUGGCCAUCUGCAGACCUCUGCACUACACCCUCAUCAUGAAUUGGCGCAUCUGCAUCCUGUUGGUGUCCAUUUUAUGGCUGAGUGGAAUUACUUAUGCUCUCGUUGAGGUCACUCUCACAUUACAGUUACCACUGUGUGGCGUCAGUAAACUGGAUCACUUGUUUUGUGAGAUUCCAGUUCUGAUAAAGACUGCCUGUGGGGAAAAGGAGGCUAAUGAACUCUUGCUUUCUGUGGUGUGCAUUUUUAUAUUAGUUGUUCCCCUUUGUUUAAUUCUGGCAUCCUAUGCAUGUAUUGGGCAUGCCAUAUUUAAAAUUAAAUCUUCUGAAGGAAGGAAAAAGGCCUUUGGGACAUGCUCCUCUCAUCUCAUUGUAGUUUUCUUACUUUAUGGUCCAGGCAUUAGUAUGUACCUUCAGCCCCCCUCUUCCAUCUCAAGGGACCAGCCCAAGUUUAUGGCCCUCUUCUAUGGAGUGGUGACUCCUACAGCCAACCCCUUCAUCUACACCCUGAGGAAUAAGGAUGUGAAGUGGGCAUUAGGCAAGCUGGUGAGGAGUAUUCUCAGUUCCAAAUGA